AUGGCAGCCGCGGCCGCCUCCCCAGCUCUGAAGCGGCUGGAUCUUAGGGACCCCGCGGCGCUUUUCGAGAGCCAUGGCGCGGAGGAGAUUCGCGGGCUGGAGCGCCAGGUUCGGGCCGAGAUUGAGCACAAGAAGGAGGAGCUGCGGCAGAUGGUGGGCGAGCGGUACCGCGACUUGAUCGAGGCGGCCGACACCAUCGGCCAGAUGCGCCGCUGCGCCGAGGGGCUGGUGGGCGCCGUGAAGGCCACCGACCAGUACUGCGCCCGCCUCCGCCAGCCACAGCAGCCGUCCCAGGAGAAGUUCUACAGCAUGGCUGCCCAGAUCAAGCUAUUGCUAGAAAUUCCUGAGAAGAUCUGGAGCUCCAUGGAGGCCUCUCAGUAUCUCCACGCCACACAGCUCUACCUGCUCUGCUGCCACCUUCACAAGCUGCUCCAGCUGGAUCCUUCUAGUUCCCGAUACAGCCCUGUCCUCUCCCGAUUCCCUAUACUCAGCCAGCAGCUGGCGGCGGCCAGCCACUUCCGGUCAGCCAUCCUGCAUGAGAGCAAGAUGCUGCUUACAUGCCAAGCCGUGGCCGACCAAGCCGUGGCCGAGGCCCUGUGCUCUGUGAUGCUCUUAGAAGAGAGUUCUCCGCGCCAAGCCCUAGCAGACUUCCUGUUGGCCAGAAAGGCAGCCAUUCAGAAACUGCUCAACCAGCAGCACCACGGUGCUGGUGUCAAGUCUCAGAUUUGCUCAUUGGUGGAGUUGCUGGCCACCACUUUGAACCAAGCUCAUGCUCUUUUCUACACUUUACCGGAAGGUCUGCUGCCAGAUCCAUCCCUGCCGUGUGGCAUGCUCCUCUCUACUCUGGACGACAUCACAGGCCAGCAUCCUACUGGAAAGGGGAUUGGUGUCCUGCAGGAGGGCAUGAAGCUGUGCAGCUGGUUCAAACACCUGCCCGCAUCCGUCGUCGAGUUCCAGCCGGCUCUCCGCACGCUUGCGCGUCCCAUCAGCCAGGAGUACCUGAAAGACACGCUGCAGAAGUGGAUCCACAUGUGUAAUGAAGACAUUAAAAAUGGGAUCAGCAACCUGCUUAUGUACGUGACGAGCAUGAAAGGUCUCGCGGCGAUCCGGGAUGCCACGUGGGAGCUACUUGCCAAUGAGUCGAUCCAUCACAGCUGGGAUGUGAUCUGUCGGCGGCUUCUGGACAGGCCUCUCUUGUUCUGGGAGGAUUUGAUGCAGCAGCUGUUCCUUGACCGACUGCAGACUCUGACAAAAGAAGGCUUUGACUCCAUCUCCAGUAGUUCCAAAGAGCUCCUCAUUUCAGCCUUGCGGGAACUCGAAAGUAGCACCAGCGGCUCCACUUCAAAUAAGCACAUCCACCUGGAGCAUAACAUGUCUCUCUUCCUCUGGUCCGAGAGUCCCAGCGACCUGCCUCCCGAUGCUGCCUGGGUCAGCGUGUCAAACCGGGCUCAAUUUCCGGGCAGUGGGCUCUCCAUGAAAGCACAAGCCAUUAGCCCUUGUGUACAGAGCUUCUGUUUUGCCCUAGAUUCGAAACUGAAGGUGAAACUGGAGGACCUCCUGGCUUACCUUCCCUCUGGCGACCCGUCACCCCCCAAGGACGUCUCUCCCGCGCAAGCCAGGAACUGUGCCUUUGACAGAUACGCAGACACGGGGACCGUGCAGGAGAUGCUGCGGAUGCACUCCACGGCCUGUGUCAGGCACAUCACGGACUGCAUCCAGGCGGAGCUGCAGAGCAUCCAGCAGGCUAUACAAGGGCAGCAGGACGCUCUCGACGGGGUCAAGCUACACUCGGUCCUUUUCAUGGCCAGACUCUGCCAGUCACUGGGAGAACUGUGUCCCCACCUGAAGCAGUGUAUCUUGGGAAAAUCAGGGAGCACCGAGAAACCAGCAAGGGAUUCUAGGGCUCUGAAAAAACAGGGGAAGGGGAAAAUUCAGGAAAUAGUUCCCAUGCAGGCCAAGUGGCAGGAAGUGAAGGAGCUCCUCCUACAGCAGAGCGUGAUGGGCUACAGGGUCUGGAGCUCGGCAGUUGUGAAAGUUUUGGCUCGUGGAUUCACCCAGUCAUUACUUUUAGAUGAUGCUGGCUCAGUCCUGGCCACGGCCACCAGUUGGGAUGAACUAGAAAUCCAGGAGGAAGCAGAGUCUGGCAGCAGCGUCACGUCCAAGAUCCGACUGCCUGUCCAGCCGUCCUGGUAUGUACAGUCCUUCCUGUUGAGCUUAUGCCAGGAAAUUAAUCGGGUUGGAGGCCAUGCCUUGCCCAAGGGGACACUGCAGGAGAUGCUGAAAAGCUCUCUGGUUCAAGUAGUAGCUGCCUAUGAGAAACUCUCAGAAGAAAAACAGGUGAAGAAAGAAGGUGCAUUUCCAAUGACCCAGAAUCGGGCACUGCAGCUGCUCUACGAUCUGCGUUAUCUCAACAUCGUUCUGACGACCAAGGGUGAAGAGAUGAAGAGUGGCCGCAGCAAACAGGACCCCAGAGUUGAGAAAGUGGCUGACUACCUUGAAGCGCUCAUUGACCCGUUUGACCUGGACGUUUUCACACCGCACCUCCACGGCAACCUCAACCGCCUGGUGCAGCGGACUUCUGUUCUCUUUGGAUUAGUGACGGCUACAGAGAAUCACUUCACCCCCAGGAGCAGUACCUUCAGCUCCCAGGAAGCCCAUAACGUACUACCACUAGCAUCAAGUCAGAUCAGGUUUGGACUUCUUCCACUGAGCAUGACGAGCCCUCGAAAGGCCAAAUCAGCCGGCAGAACCAUCGAAACCAGAGCCCAGGCUGCUGUCCCCCCGGCACUCUCCCGAGCAGAUGACCCGACGCACGCCGGCUCCUUGUUCAGACAGCUUGUCACCGAGGAGGAAGACUCGUCUGCGCCCUCACUGUUCAAACUAGGGUGGCUCUCUAGUAUGACCAAGUGA